CGCACCAUGUGAUGUCCAAAAUGGCGCACGUAACGUGACUGUCCGUAAACAAGUUUGGAUUUUGAACUUUGUCAAGUGUAUGAUUGACAGCCUAUUAUCAUCUAGUGUGUGAGUUUUGCCACAUUUACACAAGCACUUGAAGAGACGCCAUGGCAAGAAUAACUAGCAUCGUGUCUGUUCUUUGUCUCUGUGUUACAGGGAGCUUGGCUGUUGAGAGCCUGCGCUUCCUGGUGAUUGGGGACAUGGGAGGACUGCCUACCUACCCAUAUAUAACUCCUGUGGAACUUGGAACAUCACAGGAGAUGGCCGCUAUUGCUGACAAGUACGGAGUCUCAUUCAUCAUGGAGCUCGGCGAUAAUUUCUACUAUGAUGGUGUGAAGGAUGUUGAUGACCCUCGCUUCAAGUUCACGUUUGAGCAAGUGUACACAGCGCCGUCUCUGCAAGUCCCAUGGUACUUAGUGGCAGGAAACCAUGACCACAAUGGCAACGUGUCAGCACAGAUUGCCUACUCUCAAGUCUCCAGGCGAUGGAACUAUCCCGACUUUUUCUACCCACUGACUUUCGACAUCCCCAACAGUGAUGCCACCAUAGACUUCGUGAUGACCGACACAGUGACGCUGUGUGGCAACGUUGCCGAUGACUUCCAUGGCCUGCAGCCUCAUGGGCCAGCAGAUGCUGAAUUUGCAGCAACUCAGUGGCAGUGGAUUGACAGGACACUAGCAGCCAGCAAGGCCACGUAUCUGUUCACUACUGGCCACUUCCCAGUGUACUCCAUCGAGGAGCACGGCCCCACCGACUGCCUGGUUGAUGGGCUCCUGCCCAUGCUUCAGAAGUACAGGGCUAAUGGACACAUGUGUGGACACGACCACAACCUACAGCAUCUACAAGAGACGAAGAACGGUCUGACCCUGGACUUCAUCCUGUCUGGGUCAGCCAACUUUGUGGACCCCAGUACCGCCCACAAGGACACUGUACCUGACGGGACCUCCAAGUUCCACUGGGCUGAUGCCUUCUCUAAGGGGGGCUUCGUGUACGCUGAGGCCACCCCUCAGAACAUGACCGUCACCUACAUGCAGGCCAAUGGUGAUGUCCUCUACCAGACAGUGGUACUUCCAAGGAAACAGUAGCAGUACAUCUGCAGUAUCCUGUCUAGCUUAUCUCCUGUCUGUUAUGAUAAACACCCAGGACCUAUUUGUCACCAAAACCUUGUCCUAAUAUUGAUGUCACCAUCUCCAGUGCAAAUGUUGCAGAGGAUUUAGGUCACAAUUUUCAGUUUCUUCUUUUUCAAAUUGAUCUUAUUUAAACAUGGCAAAUUAUUUAAAAAUAUAAAACCAGUGAUUGAUUGAAUGGGAAUUCUUUUUUAAUCUUUUUUAAUCCAACAAAUUUUCUGGCCAUCGCUGAAAAACAUAUCAUGCAAGCUUUAUUUCUACAAAUCAUCGUAAUGGCCUUUUAAUCAUUUUCAUGACCGAUGUUUCAUUUGGUUAGUCAGUGAAAGGGUGACUUUCCCUUGUGUUAUCAUGUUUUGGCUUUUAUUGGUUUGGGGUCAGCAGGAAUAUUUCAUGAGUAUGUUGUCAUUGUAUGACACUAUUUGAUUUGUAUUUCGGUAUGUUCAGACACAGCUCAAAACUAAGCUGUGACCAUGAAUGGGUCGUGGCUAUAUGUAGAGUAACAGAAUGGAGAUAAGAGACACUGUGUUGUCAAGGAUGUGCUCAGUUUACCAUGUUUAUCAUGCUGUUAUUUAUUUGAUAGAGCUUGCUCUUAAAAACUUCUCUAUUUUGGAUUUGGGCUUUUAAAAAUACAUUCCACUGAUGUCCAAAUGCAAGAAUAUUGCCACAUAUGAAUUUAACAGUUAAUGAAAGUAUCUGAAUAUAGUAUUUAGUCUUUAGUUCAUGUUUGACUCCAACUGUUAAUUACAUUGUCCAGGAAAUGGUGAGUCUGCCUUGUUGUGUACUGUCCCAGCCGUGGUUUGUUAAGCAUCACUUGUGCACUGGAUGGAUGGAUGGUGGUCACAAUAUUAAGAUGGCUAAGAGUUAUUGCCCUUUGAUAUGACACUUCUGGUUGUGCAGUCCAAAUAUUAACCCAGGACAAUGGCUACUCUCAUGUGCUCCACGACAAUUCAGGAAAUUCAAUUAAUUGUUUUUAGUUAUUUUGUCAAAAUGUAUUUAGACUACUGACAAACAAUAUCAAACAAUUUUAGAACACAAUAGAAUUCUGUAAUCCCUUUAAAAAGCAAUAUUUCACAAUCAUGGUAAACACUUUGGUUAAGAAAUGAUUAUAUGGACCAACACCUCACAAGUGAGGCCUCAAAUACAAGCGUCUGCAGUGCAGUUGUGGUCACUUGAUCAGACUUAGUUAUGAUAGGCUGGAUGUUUGUCUUGUAAAGAUUAUAUGUUUGUUAUCUUGUUCACUGCUCAGGAAGUAAUUGCUCAUGUUGAUUGAAGGAAGAAUUGUGCUGUUUCAGCAGAUUUACUAUUUCAAUAUUUUUUAAUAAAAAUGAAAUAAAGAAAUGAGAUUACA